AUGCGAGAAUUCAAGGUCUAUGUCGGUAUGACGGAAGAUCGCAUGGUGGAGGCCCUGGAUGGGGGCCUAAAGAAUGACUCGUUCCCUGAGACGUUCCCACUCAAGCACACCAAUGCCGCAGGCUUAUGUUUCCCUGCCCGUUUCGUGAAGAUAGUACCUCUGUCUGCCCACGGGCAGAGCUUCCAUACGUCUAUAUGGUAUGUUGCGCUUUCCGGCAUCGCGGAUCAUGAUUUUGUCGAGAGAGCUGGUACAGUGUACGAAGAAUACUUGGAGUCUGUGACCCUUCGACGGAUACUCAAACACCUGCGUCAGCGCCGCCUUCUCACCCCAUAUCAAUCUCUUCUAUCUCGCGUCAACGUACAACUUGAACAUCCGCUUGUCAGCAGGCUCUAUGAACAGCUUGUGUUGCGUGGUGUCUUCCCCUCUCUCAAUGAUAUCGUCCAGGCAAUAUCGGACGGGGGUCUCCUCGACUCAUACUUGUACCUCUGCCAGCCCGGAGCCGUCUGGAAGCGCUUAGAUGGGUGCGAUGCAGAUGGAGAUAAGCCUAGCAAAAGGAGCGCCCAUGCGAUGUGUAUGGACGAGGACAACGGCAUGGUCUAUCUACUUGGUGGGUGGGAUGGCGAGGAGAACUUGGACGACUUCUGGGUAUACGACGUCAAGGAAGACACCUGGAGGGUCCUCAGCCAUAACACUUCAGAGGAGAAGAACGGCCCAGGGCGGAGAAGUUGCCAUAAGAUGGUUUUUGAUAAGAAGACCGGAUGUAUAUACGUUCUAGGGAGGAUGGGCGACGAAGAGAUGGGUGGCCAAGAUGUCUCUGGCUCUUCUAUAUCAAAUGGUGGCUCUUCGGGGAGUGCGUCCCAGCAGCCGCAGGAGACCUCGGGGUCAUCACCGUGCUCAGAGUUCUACCGCUAUCAUACAAGGGGACUAGAUAUCGGGAAAUGGGACUUGCUUUCAUUUGACACAGCCUCCGGAGGAGGACCACCUCUGAUAUUCGAUCAUCAAAUGGCCAUCGAUUCGGAAAUGCAGAUGAUUUACGUAUUCGGCGGACGAGUCGUGGACCAGAAGAGUAUCAAAUACUCUGGCUUGUAUAGCUAUAAUAUUCGGACGAACAAGUGGAAGAUGCUACAUGCGAGGUCCUCUCAUGAAGUUAGUAUACCACCGCGCUCAGGACAUUCAAUGGUGCUGGAGCCUAACUCGAAGACCCUUAUUAUUUUCGCCGGUCAACGGGAAGAGAAGUACCUGUCGGAUAUGUACACCUAUCAUAUCGAGACAGGUACUGUAACAGAAGUGUUCUCUGACUACACAAUGGACGGAGGGCCCAAACCUUGCUUCACCCAAAGAGCCGUUUUGGAUCCCGACCUUAGAGAAAUAUAUGUGUUCUGCGGUCUAAGCAGACAGCUGCCAGGGAAUCAGAUCGUGAUACAAUCCCAAGCUCCCCACUGGGUCUACCGUUAUCCUGCAGCUUCAUGCUCGGAGAGGGGCAAGUGGAUGAGACUGGUGCAUGCUGAUUCCGCAUCCGGCCCUGAUACUCCCAACCCGGAGGACCGGGAGCCUAAACCGCGAUACGCUCAUCAACUGGCGUAUGACAGGCACACGAAGACCGUCUUCAUGCAUGGUGGAAACGCGGGUAUUCGGGAGGGUGCGGGUGACAUGACUGAAGUCAACGCGAGCACGGAAGAAGCCACGAAAGAAGAGAAGGAAAUCAGGCUAGAUGACUUCUGGUCAAUGCAGCUACAAAGGCCACCUAGGACCGAGGUUGCAAGGAAAGUCUUGUUUGAAAUAAGGAAGCAGCAGUUUCGCGAGAUGUGCGAGGAUGACACGGCUAUCGAAGCGCUCAAUUUCCUGAGGGACGAAGUCUCGUCUGUGGUCGAUCAUACUUGUCCGGAAGAAGAGGACGUGUUUCAAUCACUGUUGUCGCACCUGGUUGCACAAUCACCACGAGUCACAUCUAUACGAGACAGCAGUUCGGCGCGACAAUUGACAGACGACAUACCCUCCAUGUCUUUUCCCCUUGGAGACGCGGACGUGGAGAUGAGUCCGCCUCCAGAUGCGACGGAUUCGCCCGAGUCCUCUUCCGGCCCUACACGACAACCUCCCUUGACUUGGGAGGAAGAUCCUAAGGAAAAGGCCGAGCGAGGAGAUGGCCCGGUCUUGUCCGCAGAGCGGUUCAAACAACGAACGGAGGUAUUUGAACGGAUCCUGACUUUUAUCAAUGAGGGGGCCAAACAGCCGGACGACGACCUGAUCCAUCUAAUAGACGGAUUGUGA